UUUUGUCUCGGCGCUGCUCCGCCAGUGUCAGUGCCAUGACAACAGCGCUGUAAGCGGACGCCAGUGAGGCAGGCUGGAGAUGUGAGGAUCUGCUGCAGCUCUGGAGGACUCAGGACAUCUUCUACUGGAUCAUACUGAAGCAGCAAGAUGUCUCUGUUCAAGGCACGGGACUGGUGGUCGGCCAUACUGGGCGAGGGAGAGGAGUUUGACCAGGGCUGCUUGUGUAUCGGAGAUGUGGACAACAGUGGAAGUGGUUAUGAUAAAGUAGUGGUGGGCAGCUACAUGGGAAUGCUGCGGAUUUUUGCCCCUCAUGCGACUAAACCAGGCGAGCAGAAAGGAGCAGAUGCACAGCUGCUGGAGGUGCAGCUUCGGGACCCCGUCAUCCAGGUGGACGUGGGCAAGUUUGUCUCGUGCUCAGAACUGCUUCACUUGGCAGUUCUGCAUCCUAGAAAGCUCUCCGUCUAUGCUGUCUCAGGCACGUCUGGGAACGUUGAACACGGGGACCAGUACCAGCUGAGGCUGAUUUAUGAGCACAACCUGCAGAGGACGGCCUGCAACAUGACUUACGGCCCUUUCGGAGGGGUUACUGGUCAUCAUUUCAUCUGCAUCCAGUCCAUGGACGGCAUGCUGAUGUUCUUCGAGCAGGAGAGUUACGCAUUCGGACGCUUCCUGCCGGGCUUCCUGUUGCCAGGUCCUCUGUGUUACUGUGCCCGCACUGAUGCCUUCAUCACCGUCUCCUCCACCCGGCAGGUGGAAUGCUACAGGUAUGAAGCACUGGCGGUUGCCACAGAUGCGGACACCCUUCAGGAUUCAGAGCAGCAGAGCAAGAGCUCUGGGAAGAGGCUUUCGGCUGAGUGGACCCUGGUGUUGGGAGAACAAGCACUGGAUAUCUGUGUCCCGUCAGCCUCUCCUAUGGCGUCCUCCAUUUAUGUGCUGGGCGAACGGAACCUGUUCUGCCUCCGAGACAGCGGCCAGAUCCGCUUCAUGAAGAAACUGGAGUACAACCCCAGCUGCUUCCUUCCCUACGCCUCAGUUUCUGAGGGCACCACAAACCUCCUGGUGGGCAACCAUAAUAACAUGGUGCUUGUGUAUCAGGACACCACGCUGAAAUGGGCAGCUCAGCUCUCCUGUGUGCCGGUGGCGGUGCGCAUCGCUAACUUUCCGGAUCUAAAGGGCUUGGUGGUGACCUUAAGCUCAGAGGGACACCUGCAGUGCUCUUACAUGGGCACUGACCCCUCCUUCUUCACCGUGCCCAAAGUGGACGCUCGAGAGGUCAACUACGAUGAGGUGGAUGCAGAAAUGAGGGCUCUGCACAAGGUCAUCCGCGAAGCCACCAAGAAGCAGGACAUCAUUCCCAAAGCUGAAGCAGAAGAGGAUAUUACUGUCACAGCCGUGGUCUCUUCUGAACUGGAUGAUCAUUCGCAAGCCCAUGUUCCGGAAUUGAACGGCCUGGCUGUCCCUUCUGUUAAAGUCAAGGUUAAAAUCAGCAGUCACUCGACAGUUCAGAGCCCGAAAAUGAGUGUGUGUGUUCAGCCGCCCCUCGCCGUCACUCAGGAUCAGUUUGUGUUAGACUCUCUAGGUAGCGGAUCUCAGCAAGUGGUGACGUUCUCAGCUUUUCUGAAUGGCCAGUACACACCAGCUGACCUGACUGGAGAUAUAGCAGUGUCCUUCAGCUCUCCCACAGAGCUGAACCCUGCAGGAGUUCCUCGUGUAGCUCAGUGCAAGUUUGUGCUACCUCUGCGUCUGGUCUGCUGCCCUACCUCACCCUCCAAGAAUGCCAAGUACAAGAUCACAGUGGACACCAACAAACCUCCAGUCAACCUCAAUGAAGUCUUCCCAGAGUUCGUAGAGAAGGCUGAGGAUAAGGAAGGGAACGCCCUGGCCUUCCAGUUCAUCGCUGGCUCCAGAGUCACCGUCCUGGCCUCCAAAACGUCCCAGCGCUACAGGAUCCAGAGCGAGAGCUUUGAGGAUAUCUGGCUGGUUGCCAAGGAGCUGGUUCAGCGAUUUGACCGGCAUUUUGCCAAACUCGGCGUCAAAGAUUUCCGCAACACUUUCUCCGGUCCUAUCCCACUGGCCGAGUACUUUGAGAGGGUGGACCACCACUUCGAGCUGCGAGUGAACGCCCAGAAAUACCAGGACCUGCUGUCGGAGAGAGCCGUCCAGUUCAGAGCCAUCCAGCGCCGACUGCUGACCCGCUUCAAAGACAAGACCCCCGCCCCACUGCAGAACCUGGACACGCUCAUGGAGGGCACUUACCGCCAGGUGAUAGCAUUAGCAGACGCGGCGGAGGAGAACAGGGCGUGUCUGGUUCAGGCCUUCUCCAGGUUACGGAGCGCCACUCAUCUGCUCAUCCUGCUGGUAUCACUGUGGCAGGGGCUCAGCGCUGACCAGACCACCAUACUGGAGGCCACUCUACUGCCAUUACUGCAGGACACACCACAACUGGGUUGGGAGGAGAGCGUGGAUGCGGCCGUUUCUCACCUUCUGAGAACCUGUCUGUCCAGGAGCCCGAAGGACCAGGCCGUCAGUCUGGGCACAACACAACUGAGCAUGCUCAAAGACACCUCGCGCCUCAAGAAGCACAUCAUGCUGCUGUGUGACCGCAUCGGCAAGGGAGGACGCCUGUCCCUGUCCUCCGAGGCUAACGUCCCGACACCUGUCAUGAUGCCAGCUGCCUGUGAGACCAUCCCGGAGCCCAUCGCUGAGCAGGAGGAGGAGGACCCUGCCUUACAGCAGGAGGCCACCGCCAAGUUCAUCAAGAAGAAGCAGCCCUCCAAAAAAGUGAAGAGCAAGACAGAGUCAUCAAAAGAGAAGAAAGAGAAGGACUCUGGGAAAGAGGGCAAAAAGGACUCGAAAGAGCCGGCCAAGGAGAAAGAAUCAAAGAAAGACUCAACCAAGGACUCCAAAGAGUCUUCCAAAGAGUCUUCAAAGGAAUCGUCCAAAGAGUCAAAGAAAGAGAAGAAGGAGUCGAGCAAGGACAAAGAAGCUGCAGUGGAACCAGGCAAGGAGAAAACGAAGGUGUCCAAAAAGGCUUCAGUCAAGGUCAAGGAGAAGAAGAAAGAAUCGGAGGCAGGGGACGGCUGACUCGAUGCAAUACAAACACAUACAAACACAAAUGCUACUCUAUAGUGUUUUUGGUGGCUUUUUACAUGCCUGCUCUGAUAUCUUAUCUGGGCAGCAUGUGUGUGUGUGAACAUUUCUACUCCAGUAUACAGGGUAUAUAUAGAUAUUUGCUAGCUGUACACUCUUAAAAAUAAAGAUGUCAAAAAGAGUUUCUUAAAGUGAUACCAUAAAAAACAACUUAUGGUUCAAUAAGAAAACUUUUAUUUAUUGAUUUAUAAAGAACCAUUUUUAUGUUUAAAGACCCUCCACAUAGUGCGAAUAAUUUUGUCAAGAAGUCAAGAACAAUUUGUCAAGAAGUCAAGAACAAUUUGUCAAGAAGUCAAGAACAAUUUUGGAACUAUUGUUUUAAGAGUGUGGUAUUUUAUCAAUGUUGGACAAAAAAGUUUCUCCAUAAUGGCCGAGAAGUAAAACUUUGUUACCUUUAAGUAAAAGUCGAUGUAAAAAGGUUUUAUUUCAAGACAUUUUGACGCAUUUCUAUUGGUCCAUUCAUCAUGAACCUUUGAUACAAUAUAAAGCACAACAGCCAGAUUCACGCAAAAGUGGAGAUACAAGGAUUUGUCUGACAACAACAUUUUGUAAAUCAGUUGACAUUAAGGGCAUAGCUAGCAUUUGAUAGCAUACAAAGCAAAGCAUACAAUGUCGGGCUGGCAUAUAUUUAAUGCAAUGGAAGCACGUGUUACACUGUGAACCUUCCCCUCUAUGAGGGAAACUGGAGCAAGUAGGAACCUUUAUUUUCGGAUAGGGGUUUAUUUUUAUUUUAGACAGAGCAGUCUGGCAGUGUGGCCUGCAGCGCAUCCAGCCCCAAUCCCACAGUGCUAACCAAGCCACCCACGCAGGGUCAGCGUGACGUCUACUGUCGUCCCUCUCUCUCUCUCUCUCUCUCUCUCUCCCUCCCACUCUCUCUCGCUCACCCCCUCUCAGGCACCACACCCCACCAGGCCACCCCCAUCUCUAAGAAUAACCUGCUUCCAACCCGCCUGCUAAGGUCUACUAAAGCCACUCUCUUCUUUUACACCACUUUUUUUCUCUCUUUCCUGUCUGUCUCUCUGCCUGUAUGUUUUCUGCCUGCUCUAUCGUUCCAAGCUUUAGAAUCACGGGUCAUCAGUCAUGUUUUAGUUACUUUUAUGCAAUAAUAAUUGUAGUGCAUUAUGGAUCCAAAAAUUAGAAACUAUUUAGAACACCCACCUCUGUAUAAGUUGUGAGGUGUUUUCUUGUGAGUGAGGAUAAACAUUAAACAACCUGCUCUUGGCAAGAAAACAAGAAUUACCAAAAGGAUUGGAUCUGUUUUACCAGUUGGACGGGCAUUUAACAUUCAUUGGUCCACAAUGUAUUGUGUACCAGGAAUAUGUAUGCUGGACACUGCAGUGGGUGGCAAUGAUCAUGAGAGACGUUGUCUAGCUAAAACUAUAGGUGCGAACAGACAGACAACAUCACACCACGCACACAUCCCACAGGUUAGUGCAGUGUUCUGUAGUUUUCAUGGAAUCUUGCAAAAGUCAUGGGACAUGAUACUAGUUCCUGUCUCAUGUUAUUUGGCAUGUCAUUGUCCUGUAAUUGCCUAAUUCCAGCUUUUACAUCUUACUACAAAUUUUAAAGCAGACUGGUUUUAUAUUAUCAGAUUCAGUGAUUCCAUUUGAUGGUAGUGUACAUAUGCAUUUAUACUCUUUCUGUCUCCUUCACUCUGUCUCGUACAUAUAAACACACCACAAAAACUGCCAGAAGCCGUGUGUUGUUUUUAGAGACCGUAGACGUUUAGUCAGCAUAUGUGGUGCACUAAACUAAGCAGUGACAAUCCCACGUAUGGGGCUGAUCAUUUACAUGCUGUGUGUUUCUCUGUCUGUCUUUCCAUGUGUAGUGUAGGUUUGGAUGUGCUUUGAGUCCAAGUGUUGUCAGUUGUAUGAGAUAUGAGGUAUAUAUGGGGUAUGCUGGACAUCUGUGUAAUUCUUUUGUGGUUUUGCAACAUAUCAGAUGCAUUUGAUUUAAGAUCUUAGUGACAUGCUCCAGUAGAAUUUAUUUGAUGUACUAAUUUGUUGCUUAGAUUGUGCUGUAAUGUUUGAUGUCUCCUUUUUUAGGGAGAGUGAUUCACAGAUUCUAAACAGAAUGUGCAGAAUAUUUUUUAUGAUGAUUGUGCUUUAGGACUUUAACAACUUGAUGCUCUUGCAUUACUGAUAGAGCAUUUAGAAUUUGUAUAAGUACAGUUCACGCUAGAGCCUGGGUCAGCAAUGGGUGCACAUUAAAUUGGGUGAAUUCAGUAAUUAAAGAGGCAUGUCUAGAAACUUCUAAGCAUACAGUGUAGAUAUAAAUAGUGCCAGUCAGAAGAGUCAGCGUUGAAAGUUACUAUAAAUAACUGAUUUGAUUACAUUGUUUUUUUUUUUAUUAUUAUUUUUAUAGCUGAUAUGGAAGGCCAAAAUGGAGUACAUCAUUAUGAUCUAUGUGACUGUGUAAUAAUAAACUGAUAAUUCUGUUUAAGACAAAAGCUGGGCUUAAAUUAGAUUAUGAAAUGAUUUGUAUGUAUUGCAAGAUGCAUAAAAAAACCCACAUAGCCACCUUAGCCAGUCUGCUAAUUCAUUUUAUAAGGUAAAUUGUAGGUGUCCUGUUUUUCUCAUGACUGUUUUAUAUUGCUGCAAUUUAGAUACAUAAAUAAAGUCAUUUAAAAUUGA